GGUAUCAUGCGAAAGUGUCGCCAGUGCAUGAUUCAUAAGUGUGCUCGUAUCGAGUUUUGUUGUUUCAUGGUUGCCAGUUUCAUCUUAUCCAAUCUUAGUUUACGAAUUAAAAGCUAACAUGGAUGGAUCUUCAAAAGGCUCACUAGCCUUUGAUGAGUUCGGGAGACCAUUUAUUAUUAUCAAAGAUGAAGCAUCCAAAAAGAGAUUGACCGGUAUCCAUGCUCAUAAGUCCCACAUUUUGGCAGGAAAAGCUGUUGCCAAUAUUUUACGGACAUCCUUAGGGCCAAAAGGUCUCGACAAAAUGAUGGUUUCGGCGGAUGGUGAUGUCAUGAUAACGAAUGAUGGUGCGACCAUACUGGACCAGAUGGAUGUGGAGCAUGAAAUAGCAAAACUCAUGGUCCAGCUGUCCAAGUCUCAAGAUGAUGAAAUUGGGGAUGGUACAACCGGUGUAGUAGUGUUGGCCGGAGCUCUGCUAGAACAUUCAGAGUUGCUGCUCGACCGCGGAAUCCACCCUAUCAGAAUCGCCGACGGCUUUGAGAUAGCGGCGCGCGUCGCUGUCGACCAGCUAGACAAGAUUGCCGACAGCUUUCCUGUGGACCUCAACAAUCUAGAACCACUAAUCCAGACUGCGAUCACAACACUCAGUUCUAAGAUAGUCAAUCGGUGUGGGCGUCAGCUGGCCGAGAUUGCCGUCGAUGCAAUUCUAGCCGUUGCUGAUCUUGAUAGAAAGGAUGUCGACUUUGAGCUUAUCAAGGUCGAAGGAAAGGAGGGGGGCAGACUAGAGGACACAAUGCUGGUUAGGGGCGUUGUGGUUGAUAAAGACUUCAGUCACCCCCAAAUGCCGAAGGUUGUGAGGGAUGCUAAGAUUGCAAUUCUCACCUGUCCGUUUGAACCACCAAAACCAAAGACUAAGCACAAGCUCGAUGUUACCUCAGUAGAAGAUUACAAAAAACUUCAAGACUACGAGAAGGAAAAGUUUGCAGAAAUGGUCAAGCAGGUAAAAGACACCGGAGCAAACUUGGCAAUCUGCCAGUGGGGCUUUGAUGAUGAAGCAAAUCAUCUGCUUCUAGCUAAUGACCUUCCUGCUGUGCGUUGGGUCGGCGGACCCGAGAUUGAGCUGAUAGCGAUUGCGACGGGCGGGCGCAUCGUGCCGCGAUUCAGCGAGCUCACGGAGAAGAAGCUCGGCAAGGCUGGCAUCGUGAGAGAGCUCAGCUUUGGAACGACGCGGGACAAGAUGCUCGUGAUCGAGGAGUGCCAGAACUCGCGCGCCGUCACCAUCUUCAUCCGCGGCGGCAACAAGAUGAUCGUUGAGGAGGCAAAGCGCAGCAUCCACGACGCACUGUGCGUCAUUCGCAACCUGGUGAAGGACAACAGGAUCGUGUACGGCGGCGGUGCGGCCGAGGUCGCCUGCGCACUUGCCGUCAACAAGGAAGCUGACAAGAUUUCGACGUUAGAGCAGUACGCUGUUCGUGCGUUCUCCGAUGCGCUCGAGACCAUACCGCUAGCUCUGGCUGAGAACUCCGGUUUGCCUGCGAUGAAGACCAUGACCGAGGUGAAAGCCAGGCAGUUAGCAGAGAACAACCCACGACUGGGCAUUGACUGCAUGGUCAAGGGCACCAACGACAUGAGGGAACAGAACGUCAUCGAAACGCUGAUCGGGAAGAAGCAGCAGAUCACCUUGGCAACGCAACUCGUCUCGAUGAUCCUCAAGAUCGACGAUAUCCGAGUUCCCGGCGAGAACCAGUCGUAUGGCAUGUGAGGUGCAGGUGUGUUCUAUGUGUGUGGACGCGUGCGAUCGCAACCGUCUGCUGCAAGCUCUGGCCCGCAUCGUAACAGCGAGCGUCUGUUGCUCUACUUACUCUUAACCACUGCGCAGUCCAGAAUCUCCCAACACCCACACCCUUGCCCGGUGAGCAGCGCCAGUUACUUGCACGUUUCGCGAGAAAUUGUUUUGUUUCCGAUCUGCGAGCGGGUAUUUUUUGGAGAGGAGUGUGUGCCUCACAGCUGCAGAUAUUGUUUCUGACUGUGCAGAGUAACUGUUGAACAAAUGUGGUUUGUGAGAGCGCUACAGUUCGCUAAACCGUUUCAUUUCAGUCGGUGUGUUUUUUGAAAGUUUCUGUCACAAGUAACACAAUUUCAGACUGGGUAUCACACUGAUUGCGUUGGUAUCUAAUCUUUUGCAACUGGAAUGUGUGAAUAUGAAUAGGCGAGUAACCAUUUCAUUUUCAUAUUCUUUUACGCAGUGCACAGCAUUUCUCACCUAAAUUAAAAUGUGUUCGCAACUUGCAGAAUAUGUCAAGCGUCAAUAUUGGUUUUGUCUGUGAAUGAAAACCCAGUUUACAUUACGAAUUGAAUAUUGUAUUAAAUUUUCACAUCAUGCAAGAUGUGUACAGCUGGAUA